CCGGCCGCGGGGAGCGGGCAGGACAGAGGGCCCCAGGCGGAGAGGCCCACGAGGCACCGCUUUGCUGCCUGUGUUGAGGGCCCCUGAGACCACGGCUUUGCUCUGUGGAGACCGCAGGUCACCGAGGAGCCAAAGCGCCGGGUUCGGUGGUCCUGUGUGGGCCUGGGUGUCCUCCAGACCGGGGCCUGCUCUCUGUGGAGCCGGCUGGGCUUCCUGUGGCUGCAGCUCCUCAGAGUCAGGGCCUGGGGGUGGCACCGCCUGGACCCCCCUCUUCCGCUUGUUUGGGCAGGGAGAGGGAAAAAGGCUGAGGAAGAAGCUUCCGUGCCCCAGCGUCAGAGUGAGGGGAGCCCCAGGCCCCGCAGCUAUGGCGGAUACCGGGCACCAGGCUGGGCCCUGGCUCGUGCCCCAGGCAGCCUGGGCAGGCACCUGCUCCUGCUGCGGUUCAACAACUGACUGACAGAGGGAGGCUGAUGGGGACCCUGGUGGAGACGGAGCUCCAGGACAGAUGGACAGGGAGUGCAGACGGAGCUCCAGGACAGAUGGACAAGGGACAGGGAGUGGAGACGGAGCUCCAGGACAGAUGGACAGGGAGUGGAGACAGAGCUCCAGGACAGAUGGACAGAGGGACAGGGAGUGGAGACGGAGCUCCAGGACAGAUGGACAAGGGACAGGGAGUGGAGACGGAGCUCCAGGAUAGAUGGACAGGGAGUGGAGACGGAGCUCCAGGACAGAGGGACAGGGAGUGGAGACGGAGCUGCAGGACAGAUGGACAGGAGUGGAGACGGAGCUCCAGGACAGAUGGACAGAGGGACAGGAGUGGAGACGGAGCUCCAGGACAGAUGGACAGAUGGACAGGAGUGGAGACGGAGCUCCAGGACAGAUGGACAGAGGGACAGGGAGUGGAGACGGAGCUCCAGGACAGAGGGACAGAGGGACAGGGAGUGGAGACAGAGCUCCAGGACAGAUGGACAGAUGGACAGAGAGUGGAGACGGAGCUCCAGGACAGAUGGACAGGGAGUGGAGACGGAGCUCCAGGACAGAGGGACAGGGAGUGGAGAUGGAGCUCCAGGACAGAUGGACAAGGGACAGGGAGUGGAGACGGAGCUCCAGGACAGAUGGACAGAGGGACAGGGAGUGGAGACAGAGCUCCAGGACAGAGGGACAGAGGGACAGGGAGUGGAGACGGAGCUGUGGGGAGCAACUCGGACUAGACUGUUACUGGAAUUAAGACUUAUUCUAUGCAUCUGCUCUCCCACAAUAUGGCACUGAGAAGGGAGUAACAACUUCUACGUAGCUGCCUCUCGCAAACUUGAGUGAUGACCUGCAGGAGCUGAUGCUGCUCCUGAUUGGAGGAGAGCAGCGUACUUGGCGUGUGGGUAGCAGAGUUGGGAUUGGUGGAAGAGGACUAUAAAGGAGGAGAGAGACAACAUGCACCAGGAACAUCUAUCUGAAGGAACACCUGUGCAGCCCCCGAGAGAGCCGGCCGGCGGUGUGCCGCUCCCCCGCGGAAGUGGGGAAAGUGGCAGGGGGAACCGCCCUUCCAUGGAGGUGGAAGGGACGGUAGCCAACCCGGGAACAACCAGCAGCAAACCCGGGGAGGGCCGAGCAGACAAAAGAACAGUGCAGGGUCCUGUGUCGUUCCUCCACAAAGAGGGGGAGCGACACGGAGCUCCAGGACAGAUGGACAGAUGGACAGGGAGUGGAGACGGAGCUCCAGGACAGAGGGACAGAGGGACAGGGAGUGGAGACGGAGCUCCAGGACAGAUGGACAGAUGGACAGGGAGUGGAGACGGAGCUCCAGGACAGAUGGACAGAUGGACAGGGAGUGGAGACGGAGCUCCAGGACAGAUGGACAGAGGGACAGGGAGUGGAGACGGAGCUCCAGGACAGAUGGACAGAUGGACAGGGAGUGGAGACGGAGCUCCAGGACAGAUGGACAGAGGGACAGGGAGUGGAGACGGAGCUCCAGGACAGAGGGACAGAGGGACAGGGAGUGGAGACGGAGCUCCAGGACAGAGGGACAGAGGGACAGGGAGUGGAGACGGAGCUCCAGGACAGAUGGACAGAUGGACAGGGAGUGGAGACGGAGCUCCAGGACAGAUGGACAGAUGGACAGGGAGUGGAGACGGAGCUCCAGGACAGAUGGACAGAGGGACAGGGAGUGGAGACGGAGCUCCAGGACAGAUGGACAGAUGGACAGGGAGUGGAGACGGAGCUCCAGGACAGAUGGACAGAUGGACAGGGAUGGAGACGGAGCUCCAGGACAGAGGGACAGAGGGACAGGGAGUGGAGACGGAGCUCCAGGACAGAGGGACAGGGAGUGGAAACAGAGCUCCAGGACAGAUGGACAGAUGGACAGGGAGUGGAGACGGAGCUCCAGGACAGAUGGACAGAGGGACAGGGAGUGGAGACGGAGCUCCAGGACAGAUGGACAGAUGGACAGGAGUGGAGACGGAGCUCCAGGACAGAGGGACAGAUGGACAGGGAGUGGAGACAGAGCUCCAGGACAGAUGGACAGAUGGACAGGGAGUGGUGACGUAGCUCCAGGACAGAGGGACAGGGAGUGGAGACGGAGCUCCAGGAUAGAUGGACAGAGGGACAGGGAGUGGAGACGGAGCUCCAGGACAGAGGGACAGAUGGACAGGGAGUGGAGAUGGAGCUCCAGGACAGAUGGACAAGGGACAGGGAGUGGAGACGGAGCUCCAGGACAGAUGGACAGAGGGACAGGGAGUGGUGACGUAGCUCCAGGACAGAGGGACAGGGAGUGGAGACGGAGCUCCAGGACAGAGGGACUGAUGGACAGAGCACAGGAUGUGGAGGUGGAAGUAGGACUUGACCCAAAGCACAGGACGGUGGGUUCCAGCAGGUGUGGCUGGGGCCACAGAAUGCUGGGUGGGGCGAGGCAGGGAGAGUGGGGGCUGCAGGCUGAGCCCUGUGCCCCCCUCCCCAC